CAGUUUGUUUAAUAUAAUAUGCCUGUAAUGGACUCUAAAUUAAACUCCUAGGGCCUCUCCCAAUUUGCCAAAACUGAUACAAUCCUAAAGCUGUCACCUCUCUGCGCUCUUACCAUAGCUGUUGCUCUAGAGUUUUUAGUUUUUACUUCUCCCCCUCCACUCGUUUUGGCCGGAGGCCCAACGUUUAUGUGGCCGAGAAGCCAUGAAAGAAGCAGGAGAAGUUGCCAAGUUUCAGAAAAACUUGGACCCACAAGCCCAAGAGUUCCGACCAAGAAACCCUUCAUCCAAUAACCAGAUUGGUACCCCUUUUCAACCCCAUAUUUGCUAUGCCUAUCCUUUUUCCUAUGUAUCUACUCCGGUCAUGUCGCAGCCUAGUCUCGCCGCCGGAACCCCGCUGCCUCCGGCGGCUCCGGGGCCCACCAGGGUGGUGCUACUGAGUUGUGUGCCGACCGAUGUGAGUGAAGCGGCGGUGAGGAUGGAGAUGGAGGGGUUUGGAGAGGUGGGGGCUGUUGAGAUGGAGAGGUUGAGAGAUGGAAUCGUGAUCGUUCAUUUCUAUGACUUGAGGCAUGCGGAGGAAGCGGUGAUGGAGAUUCAAGAGCAGUACAUGCAGCAGCAGAGCAGGUUGAGGAGGUUUUAUGAAUACGACGCCAUGUUGUUUGGCCAUCUGGGGUUGGAGAGGCAGAGCUUAGUUGUUCCGGUUGCUUUUCCAGCACGUGGACUCAUCGCCGGCAGGGCUGUCUGGGCUCAGUUCUCGGCGCCGGAGUCCACCACCCCCACUCCUGAUGGGCAUAAUCAGGGGACACUUGUCAUUUCCAACUUGGAUUCUAAGCUCUCUGAAAGCAAGCUCAAGGAAAUCGUCCAAAACUUUGGGCAUGUGAAGGAAUUCAGAGAAAUGACACCCAAACAGCAGAAGUGGUUUGUAGAGUUCUUUGAUACCAGAGACGCUGCUAGAGCUUUUUCAGAGCUGGAUGGAAAGGAAAUUUAUGACAAAAAACUUAUAAUUAAAUUCAGCUGCUCAGGUGGCUAUGGCAGAAUAAAGUCCAGUACUGCAGCUGCGACGGCCACCACCAGUUACAAUGACAUUAACUCAAGAAAAAUUAUUCAUUCAAGAACAGCCCUAUGCUCGCCACAUGUUACUGGAGGUAUAUUACAAAGUUGUCGCUCAAGCUCAGUUGCUCCUUCUGCUUCAGUACACCUUUCUCAAGCCUUACUGCCUACAAAAAGACCCACCUUCAGGACAGAGAACAGUAGUAGGAAGGGCAUUGGAAGGUCAAAUUGUGGAUCAAUAGCUCCAAUUUCCUCAUUGUCCUUGGGUGAAGAUGGGAGUGAAUGUACCAAAUCCAGUGGGAAAUUCUUGAGAAAAGUGAAUUACAGCCAUCAAAAGGUACCCACAGUCAAGCAACCCAGGAAGAGGGGGCAAAAGAACCCGGAUUCUCACUUUUUGAUCAAUGUUGAUGCUAUAGCUGAGUCCAAUUCGAGAGACACCCGGACCACUGUGAUGAUCAAGAACAUACCCAACAAGUACAGUCAGAAACUGCUUUUGAAUAUGCUAGACAAUCACUGCAUCCUCUCUAAUGAGAAGAUUACAGGAGAUGAUGAGCCCUUGUCUUCCUACGACUUCGUCUAUCUUCCUAUUGAUUUCCAUAACAAAUGCAAUGUGGGAUAUGGAUUUGUGAAUCUUACGUCUCCCCAAGCUGCAUGGAGACUCUAUAAGGCUUUCCAUUUGCAACAGUGGGAGGUCUUUAACUCCAGAAAAAUUUGUGAAGUCACUUAUGCUCGCUUGCAGGGUUUGGAAGCUCUGAAGCAGCACUUCAAGAACUCAAAAUUUGCAUGCAUGGUGGACGACUACCUUCCAGUCAUGUUUUCUCCACCCCGAGACGGCAAGCAAAUGUCCGAGCCAGUGCCUGUGGUUGGCUGCUCCAUCUCUGGCAUCAGCCAUGGAAGACAUGAGGAGAAGGUUGAUGGGGAAAUGGUUGAGGAAGUUAAUGGUGAUAAUGGUGAUUGUAGCUCAAAUCCCAGCAGCAAACAUGAUGAUGAAUAGUGAAGCCAAUUCCCAUCUCAGAUUGACCUCAAUUACAUGCUCUACUGCACUUACUUGGUCAUACAAUAGGUCAUUAAUGUUGGGCACAAGUGCCGGCAUUGGAUCUCUGAGCUGUUACUCUCUCAACAAUCGAAUGCUUUCUUGGUUAUGGCUUCUAAUCGUGUAAGAUAAGAUCUCUUUAUUUUGUA